GUUGCUGCUGUUUGGGGCACGGCGUUGUUGCCAUUUAAUACUUAAAUAGGUGAUAUCGUGUCCCUUUGCAUUAACCAAGGAAACUUUUUCUAAAAUUAGAAUAUUUAAUUUUGAUAAGAUUUUUUUCUCUCAACGAUGUUUCAGCCGACGGUAAAGAAUUUCAAAAUCAGUUUCGGCGUCGUAAAUGACAGGAAUACAUUCUCCAGUGGCGACAUAAUAACAGGACACAUCUCCUUCGACCUCGCAAAGGAGACGAAUAUCACUUCAAUAACGAUGGCACUGACAGGAAGGGCGAGUGUCCACUGGUCCGCUGAUGUAGGAGGAGGAGGGAGGAGAAGACGGCGAGUCCACUAUUCGGAAAAACUGGACUUCUUUAACUUCAAAAGCGCCAUCGUGCAAGAAAACAGCGCUACUGGUGGGACAACAAAAUUUCAGCCUGGCACACAUGUCUAUCCAUUUACAUGUCAGCUCCCACAGGGGGACUUCCCAUCCGCCUUCCGUGGGGUUCACGGGAAAAUCGUCUACACCUUGACAGUGGGCUUCAACAGACCCUGGCGUAUGUCCAAGGACUUUGUGACAGAGUUGAACUUUGUGAACUGCGUUGAUACCAACCAGCCAGAGCUGUGGGCCCCUCUCUCAGGCUCCAACAACAUGACACUGUGCUGCCUGUGGUGUGCCUCAGGCCCCAUCACAAUGACAGUCAGUAUAGAGAAGAAAGCCUUCAUCCCUGGUGAAAGUGUGAAAAUAAUUUGCGACUUUAGCAAUGCUUCAUCUCGAACAGCUACUCCAAAGGUGAGACUGCAGCAGAAACAGGGUUUCUACACCCACAACAAGGCCCACAAGAGAAUGAUUUUCAAAAACUUUGCGUCAGUGACUGGACAGCCCAUCAGCGCUCACACCUCUGACGUGCACACUGAGAUCAUACUCACUAUUCCAUCGUCUGCAAUGCUCACCAUCUCUAACUGCAGCAUCCUGGAAGUGGAAUACUUUAUUGAGGCGACCCUCAGAGUAACAGCUUUCCCGGACCUCACCGUGCUGUUUCCAAUCAUCCUGUGUGACACCCUUGUAAACACUCAUCCCCCACCUUAUUUAGACUUGCCAUCGUCCUUCAAAAGCUCAUCGGGAAAGAUUGUGUACACACUGGAGGCAAAUCUGAGCCGGUCAAUGAGAGUGGACAGCAAAGCUAAUGCGCAGUUCACCCUCAUCCACAAAGAAAACCUAAACAGCGAUCCAUUGCUGAUGACUCCACAGCACAGUACAAUUGAUAAGAAAAUGAAGCUCUUUACAUCGGGAACAGUAGGCAUGGAUGUAAACAUUGAGCGAACCGGCUUUCACCAAGGGGAAGGCAUGAAGGUUGUAGCCUACAUUCAGAACAAAUCAUCUCGUCAUAUUAAGCCCAAAUACUGUUUGUAUAACAAGUAUAGUUACUUUGCAAAGGGGAAGAGGAAAGUCGAAACCAGAAAUAUCCUAAAAGAGGUGGGUGACGCCAUCCCACCAUCUGCAGGCCAGACUGUCACCAGGACGAUCACCAUCUCUCCCACCACGUGUGUGUCCAUCUUAAACUGCAACAUCAUCAAAGUAGAGUACAGGCUCAGGGUCUAUCUGGAUGUCAAAUAUGCUUCAGACCCCGAGAUCAAGUUCCCCAUAGUCAUCCUGCCCGCUUUACAGGGGCCUUAUGAGGAGCAUCCGCCUGCUUAUCCCACCUAUGGGUUUGAAGCAUUUACAAACUCAGAAAUGCCAGGAGGGACCAGCUUUCCACAAAACUCAACCACCUCAUGCCCUUCUGUUCCACCUCCAUCCAAUGGGACUGAUUUCCAUGAUACAUACUAGAAGCUCGCUCUUUUUAAAUUCACAGUAUGACACAGGACUCAAAUUUAGGAACAACCACUAUAAUGUAUUAAAUAAGUUUUUGCUUUAUCCCUGUUAUUCAGGCAAAAGGCAAGACAGAUGUGAUUGCAAAGACUUGUAUGUUUUAAAAUAUUAGUAGUAGGAGUAGGAGAGAAGGAAGUAAAUUGUUUUAACUAAAAAGCAGAACAAUAUACCUUAAAAAUAUUCCACGAGUAAAGUAUUACAGUUAUCUGCCUUACUUUGAUACACUAAUGUUUGUAUGACUGGAUCUCGUGUAGUUUUAAAUGGAAAUCAGUACUAGAGAAUGUGCUGAAGCUUGUUAGUCCAGUCUUAAAGUUUACUCCCUGUAGUAACCCUUGUAUCAUUGAUCUGCUCCUCUAUCACUGGGUUGAUUUCCAGUACCUGUAGAUGACAUUCUUCAUUUUAUCUCAUGGUGUUUAAUGAUGGUUACUGAAAUGUUGUAAAUUAUGUUAUAGAGAAUAUGAAAAAGAAUAUGGAUUUGGCCGUGUUUGCU